AUGAAAAAGAAGAAAGGGCAAGAAAAAGAUGAUAAAAACAGGGAAUCUAUAAAAAAGAAGGGCGUUUUAAAGCAUAAAGAACAACAUAGCUGUUUAUUAAUCGACGAAAUUUUGGAGCCAGACUUUUCUGUACAAAGUCGAUACCAAAGAGACCAAAACAGUGAAAAUAAAAGCUGCGCCUUUUCUGAAUUCACCGACAUAUGUCAAAGUAGCGGACCACCCUAUUGUAUAUCUCGAGCAAACAUCGAACAAAGUACAGGCGGAAAUAGGCGACCGGAAGUGCCGGUCUGGAGGAAGUACACCUCAUUUCCGUUACGCAGAGCCCUCUGGUGCGGAAAAUUGCAAAAA